AUUACGGCCAAUGAGAAAGUGUGGAUCAUAUUAGCUUCGGUUUUCGUAGUUGUUGUUGGAAAAGACAAAAAUGGCACGGGACGAAAGCCCCGAAAAGCGAAAAGACAGAGGUCGAGCUAGAAAGAGAAGAUCAGCAUCUGCCAGCAGCUCAUCUGAUUCGUCAAAAAGUCGUUCACGUUCCGGAAGUUCCAGUAGCUCAAGCUCAGGAAGUAGUUCCUCUGGAAGUAGUUCCGGCAGCUCCAGAUCAGGAAGCAGCAGUUCAAGUAGUUCCAGUGGAUCGAGUUCAUCGAGGAGUCGCAGCAGGGGACGUAGCGGGCGAGGAAUCAGACAGAGGAAAAAGUCUCGAUCAAAAUCUCGUUCCAAGUCCAGAUCUCCAAGAAGAAAGAAAAGAAGCCCAUCUCCAAAAUCAUCAAAAAUAUUUGUAGCAAGAAUCACACGAAAUGUUAACCAAGAACACAUUCAAGAGAUAUUCGCCAAUUAUGGCGUCAUAAAACAUAUAGAUUUCCCUGUGGAUAGGGCUCACCCAGAAUUCACAGUUGGGUCAUGUUAUAUACAAUAUCAUAAUCCAGAGGAUGCAGAAAAAGCUGUAAAAUAUAUGGAUGGAGGUCAAAUAGAUGGCCAGGAAAUCACUGCAAAUGCUGUACUGGUUGCUCGUGAUCCUCGUCCCCCACGACGUAGCCCGUUCAGAGGUGACAGAUGGGGUGGUCCCAGGGGAGGGCCCAGGCGAUCACCCCCACGCUUCAGAGAUAGACGGAGGUCUCCCCCUAGGAGAAGAUCUCCCCCAAGGAGAAGGUCAAGAUCUCCUGUGAGGAGGCGCAGGAAAUUGGAAUAUUUGUAAUGGACUGAUGUGGUCGCUGUCCAUGACUGGUGUGGUUAAACAGGUGUGGUUAUAUACACUGCCUUAAGGAUUGGUGUGGUUCUCUGGAUGGAGGACUUGUGCAAAAUGGUCCAGCCACUAUGUAGAAUGGUUAAGAGAAAAAUAUUGCUUGUAAUAUGGUUUAAUCUGGCUGUGUUUGAUUGAUAUGGCUCAGUUACAGGCAGAUUAUCCUACUUCUACUCCCAACAUGAGAAAGUAACUCAAUUUUCAUUGUGGAGAUAAUUGUUAGGAUUCAGCAUCAAAGUUCACCUUAGAAUUUGACAUUGGUGAAUACAGUGAAGAUUUAUCAUCUGUAAUCUGCAUCAGAAUCUGUGAAGUCCUAGCUUUGUGGGUUCAUUGGAUGGUAAACUAAAAAGGCUUGCAAUGCAGUUAAUGUAUGCCAUUGGACAGUGACAAUGCAAUAAGUUAAUGCCUACAGUGAUUGUACUUCUGAUAAAAGAAUAUUUUGACCCAUCACAUUUUCUUCAGAAUUUUGUCAUAAAUAUUUUCACAGAAGCGAAAAGUGUAACUGGAUCAAAGAUGGUCAGAAUUUGAAUUGUUCACUUUUAUUUUAUAUAUCCACUCCGAAAUGUAUCUUGCUUUCAUCAUUGGCCUAAUUCAUCAAUUAAAU